ACAGGUCUAGGGUUGAGGUUGAAAAACAUUAAUCCAAAAACUGAAUCAGAAAUCACAGGCGCUUGCUAAUCUGUCUCUCUUGCGGCGAAAUUAAAUCGAACGAAAACAGUUACUUGUACAAAUCAAAUUCUAAGCAUGGGUGAUUCUGAUGAACAAGUGUGUAGUUUCUUCAGAAAACCUGUCAAUAAGAAGAAUAUAAGGAAACGAACUACUGAUCAUCAAGAAGAUGAUGAGGAUGACACAAACACUGAAACCUCUUUAUUACACACCCAGAGAAAGACCUUCAAGCCAGACAAUAAGUUGUACUUUUCCACUGGCUCUACAAAACCCUCUACAGCUGCAGAACCAACUCAAGAAUUUCAGUUCGAGUCUUCAAAAGAGAUUCAAGUUCAACAUGAUAGCAAAGCAACCGCAACUCUAGAGACUGAGACUGACUUUUCCACAGAUGCCCGAGCCAUACGUGAAAGGGCUCUCAAGCAAGCAGCCACUAGUCUCAAGGGGAAAGCCAAAACUUCUGAGGAUGAUAAGUUGUACAAGGGAAUCAACAAUUACAAAGACUACAAGGCUGGCUUCCGUAGAGAGCAAACAAUUGCUAGUGAAAAAGCUGGCGGGGCACAUGGUCCUCUCAGGGCUUCAGCUCAUAUAAGAGUUUCAGCUAGAUUUGAUUAUCAGCCUGACAUAUGUAAGGAUUACAAGGAAACUGGUUACUGUGGGUAUGGUGAUUCCUGCAAGUUUAUGCAUGAUCGAGGGGACUACAAGUCUGGAUGGCAAUUGGAGAAAGACUGGGAUGAUGCUGAGAAAGCAAGGAAGAUGAGAUUGGCUGCGGGUGAGGAUGCAGUUGAGGAGGGUGCUAAUGUCACGGAUGAAGAGGACGAUGAUUCAUUACCAUUUGCGUGUUUCAUCUGUAGACAGCCAUUUGUGGAUCCUGUUGUAACCAAGUGCAAGCACUACUUCUGCGAGCAUUGUGCAUUGAAGCAUCACGCAAAGAAUAAAAAGUGUUUUGUCUGCAACCAGCCAACACUCGGCACUUUUAAUGUUGCUCAGGAGAUACGCAAGAAGAUGGCUGAGGAUAAUAAAUAAUCUCACUCAACAGGAUCUAUGAUCUCUCUGCUUAGAGGAAGUUAUCUUUCUCUUUCCAUUUUAAUUCUGUGUUGAAGAGUGAUGCUGGGAACUAUGGAAAGAGUUGAAAACAUCCGGAGGUUAAAACGGUGGGGUUAGGUCUUAUUCAUAUUGCUUUAUUUUCUUGACUAAUAGAUCCCAGAAUAUCUAAUAGUGAUAUGUAUCACAUGUUGAUAGCACACACUGGUUCUUUUUGCAGUGUUACACAGUUUGAUACUAAUUUAAUUUCCAGUUACAGAUUUUUCUUAA